AUGUCCUGCUCCGUGAAAGAACCAACAGACCAGGCUGCUCGACCCACGUAUUUUCCCAGCUCCCAGCUCCACGGCCUCACAGGAGACUGUGGACGUUACGUGCUCCAACGGGAUUCCCUCACACACCACGUGCUUUUCUUCAACGAAGGCCGUGGACCCUACGGCUUCAAACGAGACUUCCUCACAAACCACUUGUAUUUCUUCAACAAAGACACAACGCACCGCAAAGUAUGUGCUUUGGCCUUACGCCACACUUCAACGCCACACUUCAACGCCACGUCGGUGGCCGCACGCUUCGACGACGCCACGUCGGUGGCCGCACGCUUCGACGACGCCACGUUGGUGGCCGCACGCUUCGACGACGCCACGUCGGUGGCCGCACGCUUCGACGCCACGUCGGUGGCCGCACGCUUCGACUCCUCCUCCACGCUUCGACUCCUCCUCCACGCUUCGACUCCUCCUCCACGCUUCGACUCCCCCUCCACGCUUCGACUCCUCCUCCACGCUUCGACUCCUCCUCCACGCUUCGAAUCCUCCUCCACGCUUCGAAUCCUCCUCCACGCUUUGACUCCUCCUCCACGCUUUGACUCCUCCUCCACGCUUCGACUCCUCCUCCACGCCGCACGCUUGGACGGCGCACGCUUGGACGCCGCACGCUUGGACGCCGCACGCUUGGACGCCGCACGCCUCAACGACGCCGCACGCCUCGACGACGCCGCACGCCUCGACGACGCCGCACGCCUCGACGACGCCGCACGCCUCGACAACGCCGCACGCCUCGACGACGCCGCACGCUUCGACGCCGCACGCUUCGACGACGCCACGUCGGUGGCUGCACGCUUCAACGACGCCACGUCGGUGGCCGCACGCUUCGACGACGCCACGUAG